GGGAAUCAAAGUCUGAAAAGCCUCCGCCGCGUGAUGCAAUGUGGCGAAACUACGCGGGCUCAGGAUCCACGACGGCACUGACGGCAAAUGCGGCGAAGUGGGCGGCAGCGACAAGGCCCGUGAUCCGCCCUGCGGCCCUCGGGGCCUAUGCCAAUGCCCAUGCCGGAAACUGCGCCGGCGUGCCGCGGAACAUUCGGCCCCUGCGGCCCCUGCGACCCCUGCGGCCGGCGCAGCUUGCGCAGCCCGGGCUGCAGACGCCCGCGAGGGCCCAGCCUGCACCUCAAUGGUCGGAAGCUGCUCAUCCUGCCGAGGCUGAGGUGUGGCCGCAGGAGCCUGCGCUGGAGCAGCCCACUUGGCAGGAGCUCCCAGCGUACCUCCAGCCAGACAGCCAGGCAGUGCCUGCCCUUCCGACUGGCAGCGUCACCCAAGUCGCCACGCAUGCAGUGGGCACGAAGGGCCCCACAGCCCGCAGGGCGGCGCCAGUGCCGGCGCCGAAGCCAGUGCCGGCGCCGACGCCCGUGGCGGUGCCGACGCCCGCGCCAGCACUGAUGCCCAUGCCGGUGCCGCCGCCCGUGCCAACGCCGCCGCCCGUUCCGGCGCCGCCGCCCGUGCCAGCGCUGCCGUUGCAGGCGCUGGAGCCGCACGAGGUGGAACGUGGUAUGAUCGUGGUCUAUGAGGGGGGCAAGCGCGCGUGGGUGGACAACUGCGACUCUCAGUCGGACGAGUUCUGGCUUUGUGACGAGGACAGCAACAUGACCAUCUUCGCGGUGAGGGAGGAUGGUCAGGAGGAGAACGUGAGGGCCUUCUCUGCCAGCGAGCUGCGCUUCACAGGCGAAUGGUCUCCCAUUCUCAAAAUCUCCAAGGAGGUCAUCGUGACCAAUGAGAUCCUGGCCAAGCUAGGGGAGAUGAACAGCUGGGAGGCCGAUUUGGAAGAGGAGACAGGAUGCCCUGUCAUGAUCGACAAGCUGUCUUCCAAGGUCGUGGUGGGCCCAGCGUCGCCUCCUGACGUCAAGGCGACGACCUCGAGAGUGAGGGAACACCUCGCUGAGAUCGACCGGAAGCUUUGGGGCGAGGACGAGAUCUGGCCAGGUGCCGAGGUCGAGGAGGAGCCCCAAGAGCAAGAGCGCGAAGAGGAGGUGAGCACACCACCAAGAAAGAGGGCCAGGACGGAGGACCCGGAGCAGGACCCCCUCUUCCGCCGCGGCUAUGAGGCUGCCAUGAAGCAGUUUCAGAAGCAGGCGCAAAGCCCAGAAGUUCCAGAGGCCAAAGAUUCAAACGACCUGAAAGAUGACCUUAAAGACAUGAAAGACGACCUGAAAGAUGACUGGAAGGACGACCUGAAAGACGACCUUAAAGACGACUGGAAAGACGACCUUAAAGACGACUGGAAAGACAACUGGAAGGACGACUGGAAGGAUGAGUGGAAGGACGAUUGGAUGGAAGCCGAAGAAGGCUGGGAGCCCAAGGAGAAGGCCAGCCAGGCGGAGGCCAAGGGCAAGCGGAUCGUGGAUUGGCUGAACAUGCAGGAGCAGCUUUUUGGCCACCUCAAGCCCUUGCCGCUGAACUGGAUCCGAGUGCCUCGAUCCAGUGGGGACGGCCUUUACUAUGUGAACACCAUGACGGGGCAAAGUACCUUCACCGAGCCCGCCUCCGCGCUGCCGGACGGGUGGCAGGAGCUGAAGUCCCGGAGCACGGGGCGGACCUAUUACUGGAACCCCAAGUUGAACAUUUCGCAGUUUGAGUACCCCAAAGCCAGUCGACCCGGAGCGCCAAGAGCAUAAGAACC